AUGGAUUGGAAAGGAAACGACUUCGAAGGAGACUACGAGGACUUGAUAUUCCUCGAGAAGCCAUCCCUAGUGCUGCGCUUGACGGUCGACGUGGGCCAGGUGGUGCUGGAGCCAUCUGCACCUCGCCUCAGGGAGAUCCUGGGCAAUUGCGUGAACCACAUCCUCAAGUCUGGCAUCGAUCUUCCCCGGGUGGAAGAGGAACUCUUUCCAGGUGAAUCGAAUCGCAUCGAGUGUGUUGGAUCGUGUCGAAGCAUGAUCGCUGAUCCGAAUGCUUUCAUCUCGAUCUCAGGAGAGUUCAAGCGUCCGAUGAGACUCCGUCAUGUGAGCAACAAGGAAGAGGAGAUUCAAAACAUCCAACGUGACAUAUUCGCCAUUUUGGAGAAGAACAUCGUCGGCCCCCAGAAAUACGUGAGUGUGUACGACGAGUACAAGGACAUCCUGGACGGCAGUGCCAACAAAGAGCUAGACGCGUUCCUCAAAGAAUCAAGGGAUUUACAGGCUUUCAAAGAGAGGGCAAAUCAAUACGCGUCGCGCCACCUGGAAGCCGUCACGCAUCGCGAAAGAGUCCCAAUGCAGUUCUUUCUCUUGGACUGCAAAGAGGCGAACGAGGAAAUCGCCACGUCGAUCCAGGUCAUGGAGAAGAAGCUCGUCUCCUUCCAGAUCGGCGUCAACACCCAGAUAAACAGCAAAGUCUCCCUUCUGCCGCGACGCAGCUCGGGACAUUCGGCUUCCCCUGCAAACAGGAUCUCGGACCAAUUCGAGGAGAUGUGGGGGAGGCUGAAGAAGGAGCCUCAGACGACGAGCGAGCUGGUCGGGAUGCUUCAGUUCCUCUACAGAUGCACGGACCUCACCGUGAAAGACCUGCAGGCGAAGAUCUCCGAAGCUGCUGCGCGCAUCCUCUUCCUCAUGGAGUACACCACGCUCUCUGAGGAGGAUUUGGAAAGGAACGCUCAGGUGUUCCGGUGGAAGGAGAAGGCGGAACAGCUCUUCGAAAGCGCUUACGUCAGCCUCAUGACGAAGAAGGAUGAAACAGAAGCCGGUCUCAAAAACCGGGUCAUAGCCUUCGAAGAAAAGCUCUUCGGUUACCAGGCGGAAGUGGAAAGCUUCCGCCGCAAGGACCCUCCCGUGCUGAACGUGGACGAAAUGAAGAGCAACUGCAGGGUCCUGGACCGGCUGGGAGAACUGCUGGCGUCGUCCAGGGCCGAGCUGGACUCCAUCAACGGGGAGGAGGAACUGCUGGGACUGGAACCCACUCCCUCGCCCUUGCUUCAUCGGCUCAUAGCCCUGAGGGAGCCCUACGACAAGCUCUGGCACACAGCCCUCGAGUUCACCCACAAACACGAGAGAUGGUUUCACGGAAUCAACGUCAUCGCUUGA